AUGAUACGCCAACACAACACAACACAACACAACAACACAAUGAACACGACAGCGACAGCCACGUUUCCUCCCCACCUCUACUUUGCCCUGCUGAGUGCGGUGCGUGAGUUCCGGGUGCCCGGGUGCUACGUCGACAUGGUGCAGGACACGGGGGUGGCCACCUUCACCGGCCGCCGACCUCAGGUCGUCUCUGCCGGCAAAGCCCAGUUCGAGCAGGUCGUCAGACGGCUCCAGCGGGAAGACCUGGCCAAAGCCCAAGCCCACGCCGAGGAGGGUACGACCCCAGGACCGGUCUACGAGCCUGUUCGUGGUGCGGUCUCGCUGCCCACCAGCAGCCAUUCGCCCAAGGUGGUGGCGUCGUACAGCUGGAACAUGGCCGAUCCCGAUGAACCCUACGCCAUCCCUGGCCAUCUGAGCACCUUUUCCAAACCGGAGACUCCACUGAGCCUGGCCGCCGAUGACGGCGGCGCUCACGACCCCUUAUCGUGGGAGACGGCCCGAGGCAUGGCCACCGCCAUGGAGCCCAUCGUGGUGGCCUGUUGCGCUCUCGACCCGACGUUCUCGCUGUCGGCGUGCCAGGUGGUGACGGACCGCAACAACCUGCGCAAGAUCUUCAGGUGGGCCUGUGGGGACAGGAGCCGAUGGAGGAUCGACCUGGAGAAGGUGGCGCCCGACACCAUUGCCAUGCUGCGCUUCGACCUCUCGGAGGAGGGCCAAUCCGAGCUGCUGCAGCGCAAGCGCAGCGGGUACCGAUUCGAGGACCUGUGCUGCGCCGGUGAUGAUGGUCGUGCCAGCGCCAGCUCGGACUCCUACCGCGCGGUACUGGAAUUCGAAACGGCCGGCAUCCGAUUCCUCAUGCGAUGCGAGAUCGACGCUGCCAUGGCCCCGCAGGAGUCUGACGAGCUCCUCGAGUUGCAGCUGGCCCAGCUGUCGCUCGCGGCUCGGCCCCUCAAGUUGGCAGGCAGUGAGCUGGUCUUUCAGCGCUCGGCCUGGCCUAAGGCGCCCGAGUUCGUCGAGCUGACCUCCAUGAUUGACCAGCGCUUCGAACACCCCAGGUAA